AUGGCUUUAGGAAAGUACUCUAGAGUUGAUGGAAGAAAAUCAUCAUCGUAUUGUUCGACAGUCACGAUAGUGGUUUUCGUAGCUCUUUGCUUAGUUGGCGUAUGGAUGAUGACAUCGUCGUCUGUGGUCCCCAUUACCUCGGACGUCACUUCUCAGGAAAACAAGAGUGAGAUGAAGACACAGCCGAGCGAGAUCAAUAGUGAAAAUAACAAAGAUGCUGGCAAUGGUGGGAAUAGUAACAAUAUGGUUGAUGAAAGUAGUCCUAGUGAUGAGGACAAGUCAAAGCAGUUUGAAGAUAACCCAGGUGAUCUAACUGAUGAUGCCAAAGCGGACACUAGUUUGAAUUCAAAUCAGGAGGAUAAGAACAAUAAGCCUGAAGAGACAAAACCUGAAGAGACAAAACCCGAAGAGACAAAGCCUGAAGAGAUAAAGCCCGAAGAGACGGAGAAAACCACUGACAAAAGGCAGGAAGAGAAACCUGAAGAGAAGUCAGAGGAUGAAAAGAAAGAUAAUGGAGAAGACAAAUCUGAAGAUGGUGAAGAAACAAAACGAGACGGAUCUAAGAAUGAGUCGGAGAAUGAAGUGGAAAAGAAGGGAGACGGGGAAGCGCAGACUGAGGGUAAAGAUUCUGAAGCUGGAGACCAGGAAAACAGGUCUGAUGACAGUGAGAAGAAAUCUGAAGAAGCUUCGGGUGAUACAAAACAUGGUCAAAUAGAGGAGAAGGUUGAGGAGAAGAAGGAUCAGUCUUCAGGUGAGGUGUAUCCUUCUGGGGCUCAAUCAGAGCUUCUGAAUGAAACACGGACCCAAAAUGGAGCAUUUUCAACUCAGGCAACCGAGUCAAAGAAUGAGAAAGAAACGCAAAAGUCUACAGGGACACAAAAUGUGUACAGUUGGAAACUUUGUAAUACCACUGCUGGGACAGAUUAUAUUCCGUGCCUUGACAAUUUGGAAGCAAUCAAGAACCUUCGAUCAACUAAGCAUUAUGAACAUAGGGAGAGGCACUGUCCCGACAAUCCUCCCACCUGUCUCGUUCCACUUCCUGAAGGAUACCAACGCUCAGUCGAAUGGCCUACAAGCCGGGAAAAGAUAUGGUACCAUAAUGUUCCCCAUACCAAACUUGCAGAGGUAAAAGGACACCAAAAUUGGGUUAAAGUUAGCGGUGAAUACCUUACCUUCCCUGGAGGUGGCACCCAGUUUAAGCAUGGUGCUCUUCAUUACAUCGAUUUCAUACAGCAAUCUGUGCCUGAUAUUGCCUGGGGAAAACACUCACGUGUUGUACUGGAUGUUGGAUGUGGUGUUGCUAGCUUUGGGGGCUUUCUCUUUGAAAGGGACACACUAACCAUGUCAUUGGCUCCAAAAGAUGAACAUGAAGCUCAGGUUCAAUUUGCUCUUGAAAGAGGAAUUCCUGCUAUAUCGGCUGUUAUGGGUACUAAGAGACUCCCAUACCCAGCAAGAGUUUUUGACACAAUCCACUGUGCACGCUGUAGGGUACCCUGGCACAUUGAAGGUGGUAAACUUCUCUUGGAGCUGAAUCGUUUGCUUCGACCUGGUGGUUUAUUUGUUUGGUCUGCUACUCCUGUCUACCAGAAGCUUGACGAAGAUGUUAAGAUUUGGGAAGCCAUGAAGAAACUAACUAAGGCAAUGUGCUGGGAGGUUGUUUCAAUUACCAAGGAUACAAUUAAUCGAGUUGGUAUAGCCACAUAUCGCAAGCCAACUUCAAAUGAAUGCUAUGAGCAAAGGUCACAAAAUGAUCCUCCUCUUUGUGAAGACUCGGAUGAUCCUAAUGCUGCUUGGAAUGUGCCUUUGCAAGCAUGCAUCCACAAAUUGCCUGUUGAUUCUUCGGAACGUGGGUCUCAGUGGCCAGAAAAAUGGCCCGCCAGAUUGGAGAAAGCACCUUAUUGGUUGCUGAGCUCCCAGGUUGGAGUUUAUGGUAAACCUGCUCCAGAAGAUUUUGCUGCAGAUUAUGAACAUUGGAAGAAUGUGGUGAACAAGUCAUAUCUGAAUGGACUGGGAAUAAAAUGGUCCACUGUGAGAAAUGCCAUGGACAUGCGAGCUGUCUAUGGAGGAUUGGCUGCUGCUUUGAAAGAACUGAAUGUGUGGGUUAUGAAUGUUAUCUCCAUAGAUGCUCCAGAUACACUACCCAUUAUCUAUGAACGAGGUCUAUUUGGAAUUUAUCACGACUGGUGCGAGUCCUUCAGCACUUACCCAAGAUCUUAUGAUCUUCUCCAUGCAGAUCAUCUCUUCUCAAAAAUUAAGAAGAAGUGUAAUUUCAUGGCUCUUGUUGCUGAGGUUGAUCGAAUCUUGAGACCUGAAGGAAAGCUCAUUGUCCGGGACAAUGUUGAGACCCUUAAUGAACUUGAGAGCAUAUUCAAGUCUAUGAAGUGGGAGAUUCGCUCGACCUACUCUAGGGAUAAGGAAGGAUUGUUGUUUGUCCAAAAAACCAUGUGGCGCCCUACUGAAGCCGUCUCAAUUGUAUAUGCAAUUGCUUAA